AUGACAACAGACCUUACACUUGAGAUUAGGGCGCUGAUUGGGCAGAAGGAGGCGGCAGAGCGCGAGAUCGCUGAGCGAAUGGCGCGCCUUGAUGCACCAGGCGGCCCUGGGAUGGAUCGACCGCUUAUUGAUGCGGAGGGCUACCCAUGCGCCGACAUCGAUGUGCAUGCGGCGCGCGUCGAUCGCAACCGCGUGAUCUGCCUCACAAACGACCACAAAGAUAUCAUGAUGCGCAUUGAGAGGCUCAUGCACCAGCUUCAUGCAGCGGCCAGGGAGGGGUGUGCGGCCAAUGGGCGCUCGGCCGAGGGCAGUGCGGCGGCCAAUGGGGCCAGCGGCGGCGAGCCCAGCCAGCAACAUCAGGCAAACGCGCCGGUGGCAGGCAUACGCAACGCUGCGGGCGCACCAGUAGCGGCGGGGAGGCGGCCGCUGCGGCCGUUUGCAGUGGUGGACGAUGUCGCUGAUGACUCGCCAGCCUGCGCAGCAGGCAUACAGCUGGGCGACCAGCUGUGCAGCUUUGCCGGCGUGUCCCUCGGCCCGCAGGCCGGAGACGAGCUGCAGCGCGUGGCGGCGGCGCUGCAGGCCAACGAGGGGCGUGAGGUGGAGGCGCUGUUCCUGCGGCAGGGCGCACCCGUCGCCCUGAAGCUGACGCCGCAGCGGUGGUCGGGGCGGGGGCUGCUGGGCUGCCACCUGCGGCCUAUGGGGCGGCAGUAA